UCGAUCGAAUCUAGAACAGCUCAGGGGAGGUCAGGGCAAGGUGUUAGUAAGUAGCAGAAAGUACAGGUACGUGAAUUUUGUUACGUUUGGUUUUGCAAAAAUGACGCCCAAAAAGCAAAAAGCGUCUAAACAAACAAAGUUGAAAAUUUUAUACCGUCGGCGGACCAACAUUUUUGGUUCUGCAAAAUUAAUAAAAACUUUUGACGACGAAUUCGAUCCCACUAAACUUGCCCAAGUUGUCAUUCGCAUUCAACGUCUUGAUGCUCUAUGGCGAGAAUUUGAGGAGACUCAAGAUGAAAUUGAGGUUCUUGAGGAUAAUGAAGAAGAUUUCGCAGAAGAGAGGCAAGACUUUCAAGCCAUCUAUUAUGAACUUAAAGCGUCAUUGCAAAGUAAAAUCCCUGUACAAACCGUACCACCCGUACCACCCCCCGCUCCGGCACAACCACUCUCGUCCGUUGUUCCCACCUCGUCGAGCGUUCGUCUGCCGGAAAUAAAAUUGAAGGAGUUUUCUGGGAAUCUCGAUGAUUGGGUUUCUUUUCGCGAUCUAUACAUCUCGCUUAUUCAUUCGAGUGUGCAACUUACGGCAGUGCAGAAAAUGCAUUACUUGCGAGCAGCGCUUUCUGGCGAAGCGGCUCGUGUUAUUUCCUCGCUCGAGAUUUCCGCCAACAAUUACCUUGUUGCAUGGAAUUUGUUGAAGGAACGUUUUGAAAACACCAUCCUGCUGGUGAAACGGCAUGUUUCUGCCCUACUUACAAUUCCUUCACUGAAAAAAGAGUCUGCACAGGGACUUGCAGAUCUCGCCGACGAAUUCGAUCGUCAUGUACAGCUGUUGGAUAAACUCGAAGAUUCUGAAAACCACUGGAACGCCUUUCUAGUAGAGCGAUUGAGUCAAUGUCUUGAUAGCGUUACACUCCGUGAGUGGGAGACACAUGUUUCCGCAGGCGAUGAAUACCCGAAUUACCGAGAAUUACUCGAGUUUAUCCACAGAAGAUCGCGAAUCGUACAAACUUUAAAGCUCUCCCAAUCGGCAAACACCCAGUUCGAGAUCAAGCAUCCCAAACCCCGAUCAGUUGUUGCCCAUGUCGCUUCCGACAACGUUACCCAGUGCGUCAACUGUAAGCACGCUCACUUCCUGUUCCAGUGUGACCAGUUUCGUUCACUCUCUCCACAACAACGGUUCGAAGUCGUGAAGAAGCACGGGCUGUGCAUUAACUGUCUCAAGGGAACACAUCAAGCGAAAAACUGUUCCAGCGGUUCCUGCAAAAGCUGCUCUAAGAAGCACCACUCAUUGUUACACCUGCCACCUCUCUCGUCGGCUUCUGGUUCACUACCAGUGGCAACAAUCAAGCAGCCCACAGUGUACCAACCCGCUGCAGCAUCUACUUCACAGUCGUGCCAAAUGUCGCAUUUUGUUCCAAACCUCCUCGGAGGCUCUUCGUCGCAGGAGCUCGCGGUUGCCUCACCACCUAUCAAUUCGUCGGUUCGAUCGCAGUCGUCGCGCGGUAAUUCUAUCCCACAUUCGUCGGUCGAUGUCGUUUCUCCUCACACUGCCUGUCAAAGUGCAGAAAUAGUGACUCAACCUCGGCAGUCAACAGUCAUUUUGUCAACAGCAGUGGUCAAAGUGAAAGAUAUUGAUAACAAAUACGUCCUCGUCAGAGUCCUCCUGGAUAGCGGUUCACAGCCAAGUUUCAUCUCCGAAGCGCUAUGCCAAAAGCUUCGUUUAACACGAACGAAACUGAAUUCGCCAGUCAGUGGGAUCGGACAAUCGAUAGUUAACGUUCGCUAUGCUGUAACCGUCUCGCUCGCAUCUCGUUUCGAAAAUUUCAUGACCCAACUGGACUGCUUAGUACUGCCGAAGCUUACCGUCUCGCUGCCUAGUCACCACAUCGAUAUCUCUCGCUGGCGGAUCCCUAAAAAUCUUCCACUGGCUGAUCCGCAAUUUAACAUAAGCCAAGGUGUGGACAUGAUAAUCGGAGCUGGUCUAUUUUUCGAGCUUCUCGAAAACCAGCAACUCUCUCUUGCCGCUGGCUAUCCCAUGUUGCAGAAAACGGUUCUGGGUUAUAUCGUCUGUGGAAAGAUAGAGCAGCCGAUCUUAGAGGUCACUGACACACAGUCCUGCCACUUCUGCGUAGAAGGUACGCUUGAUACCAUGCUUCAACGAUUCUGGGAAAUCGAGAAUUUCGAUGACGGUAAAGCUCUUACGCCAGACGAACAAUUCUGCGAAGAACACUUUCAAUCGACUGUUACUCGUGACGAAACGGGCCGCUAUGUUGUUCGUCUGCCACUCAAAGAAGACAAGGUGGAAAUGCUAGGAGAUUCAUACCCCGCCGCUGUUCGAAGGUUCCAGCAAAUGGAAAAACGGUUCUUCACUGAUAAACAUCUUCGUAAAAGCUAUUCUGAGUUCAUGGAGGAGUAUGAGAGGUUGGGUCAUAUGGAGUUGAGUCCCGUCGCGUCGCGUAGCCCACAGUUUUUCCUUCCCCACCAUGCCAUCCAGCGUCCAGAGAGUACGACCACAAAAAUACGAGUGGUAUUCGACGGUGCAUGUCGUGGAGCUGCUUCCUUGUCGCUGAAUGAUGCCCUCUACGUCGGACCAACAGUUCAGCCAGCUCUGUUUGCUACCAUCAUCAACUUCCGUUUACCACGAUUCGCCAUAUCCGCCGAUGCGGAGAAGAUGUUUCGCCAGAUGUGGGUUCACCCAGAUGACCGAAAGUUCCAGCAAAUUCUCUGGCGCAACAAUCCGUCAGAACCAAUCCGCAAGUAUCAACUUAAAACCGUCACUUACGGUCUUGCAAGUUCGCCAUUCCAUGCCGCUCGCGUUUUAAAUCAAUUAGCUACAGACGAAGGACAUCGCUUUCCGCUGGCCGUGCCAGUGAUACGGAAAGGCACCUACGUAGACGACGUUCUCACCGGACAUGAUGACCAUGACACGAUGGUCGAAACUUGCAAGCAGUUGAGGGAGAUGAUGAAAUCCGGUGGUUUUGUACUUCGCAAGUGGGCAUCCAACUGCAAGACAGUCCUCAGUCAAGUCCCAGAAGAACUCUGGGAGACCUCAGCAGAAUUGGAGCUCGAUCGUUCGCAAGCCGUCAAAACUUUGGGGUUGUUGUGGUUCCCUCACCAGCAAGACGUCUUCAAAAUCAAGGUUCCCGCUCUUCCAGAGCUUGAGGUCGUCACCAAGCGGAUUGUCGUCUCGGAGAUGUCCCAACUAUUCGACCCGCUUGGACUUCUAGGACCUGUGGUGGUCAGUGCCAAAAUGUUCAUCCAAUCUCUCUGGGCAGCACAUAUGUCGUGGGACUCUGAGCUUGCAAAAGAAGCAGCCGUAUGGUGGAAGAAGUAUCGUGCAGACAUUAGGGAGCUUAUCCUGCUGCAGGUUCCAAGAAGGGUCCUGUGGAACAAGGAUACAGAACGCCAGUACUCAGUACACUGCUUCUGCGAUGCCUCACAGAAGGGAUUCGGAUGCUGCGUGUACAUCGUAUCUUUGGAUGAGUAUGGCCAGCGUCAUUCACACCUGCUCACGUCGAAAUCUCGCGUCGCACCUCUUCGUGGACAGUCAAUUCCACGCUUGGAGCUCCGCGCAGCACUUCUCGGGAGUCAACUGGUCCACUGCUUACGAACUGACACCAACAUCACUGGACCAGUCACAUUUUGGACCGACUCUACUAUCGCACUUCACUGGAUCAAAUCCAGAUCGAAUUCCUGGAAAGUCUUCGUGUCGAAUCGGGUCGCAGAGAUCCAACGCUUAACGAAGGAUGCGCAGUGGAUGCACGUACCGACCGAUCUAAAUCCUGCCGACUGUAUCUCCCGAGGAUUACUUGCAAGCCAGAUCAUCUACGACAAGCUGUGGUGGCAUGGGCCAAAGUAUCUCAAAUUCCCCGUCGAGCAAUGGCCAAAGUGUCCGAUUUCGAUGCCGAAUAAAACGGAUUUGGAGGAGGAGAUGCGUACGUUGGUUUCCCUGCAUCUACUACAAGACAACGGAAGCAUCUUUAGUGCAUUCUCGGAGUUAGCCAAGCUAACGCGCUUCGUCGCGUACUGCUUUCGGUUUCGGAACAACUGCAAGCUUCCGAAAGAUCAACGCGUGUUGUCCCCGCUGUCGCCUCAAGAAGUGGACUGUGCGCUUAAAUCAUUAGUUCGCCUCGCCCAGCGCCAGGAAUUCCCAACAGAAGUUAAACUACUUAGUCAAAAGCAGACCGAGAACACAGUCAGAGUCGCAUCGAAGUCGGCACUACAAAACCUGAACAUAUUCAUGGACGAUUUCGGACUACUGCGGAUGGACGGAAGAUUGAAAAACUUAAACGCACCGUUCGACACUCGCUUUCCGAUUAUGCUUCCAGCUAAACAUAGUCUGAGCAUCCUCAUCGCCAGGUCAGUUCACCUUCAGACACUUCACGGUGGACCGUCGCUUGUGCUCGCUACCAUCCGUCAACGAUUCUGGCCACUCCGGGGUCGCGAGUUGGCUCGUAAGGUCUUUCGACGAUGCGUCACCUGCUUCCGGUGCAAUCCUACAACAGGAAAUCAGAUUAUGGCACCUUAUCCGUCGUUUCGCCUCAGACCAGCUCGAGCUUUUACGUACUCGGGAAUGGAUUACUGUGGGCCGUUUCUCGUUCGUCCGUUAAUUGGGAAAGGCUCGUCCGUUAAGGUGUACGUCGCGUUGUACGUCUGCAUGGUGGUGAAGGCCGUGCAUCUCGAGGUCGUCGCUGAUCUGUCGUCCGCCGCGUGCAUAAACGCCGUCAAACGCUUCGUCGCCAAACGCGGUCGGGUUCUUGAGUUGCACUGUGACAAUGCAACCGCUUUCGUCGGAGCAGAUCGUGAGCUGCGUCAGCUGCGGAAAGAGUAUCUGCGGCAGUUCCAGUCGGCGGAAUGGGGUCUCUACUGUGCGGACAAUGGCAUCACCUUUCGGUUCAUUCCAGCCCGCUCUCCACACUUCGGAGGCAUCUGGGAAGCCGGAGUGAAAUCGACAUGCAACGCUCGGUCCAAGAUCUUUGGCGUUGUUGGUCGCGGGACUACGUGAGCCAGCUGCACCAGCGUAGCAAGUGGAGGCGCCCGGCAGUAGACGUCCGCAAGGGUCAAUUGGUGCUGUUGAAGCAAGACAACUACCCUCCACUACAAUGGCCUCUCGGGCGUAUC